GUGUGGUAUAAAGCAUAAACCUGAAGAUUUACAAGAUUCUCACACUCAUCAAACCAGGCAGCUCAGCACAAUAGACAGGUUGUAAUCUCACAGGCGCCUUUCUAGAUCUCCUGAUAGCAUUGGCUGUGUGUUGUGUAGAAAUGGAGGGUAUUGUAGAAGACUGCCUGGGCUUUCUAUAUGAUCUACUCAUGGUAAUAUGCGUUGGACUGCUUCUGCGCGUGGCUGUAGGCCGGUCUGGGAGGUGGGUGGUGUUGCUUGUGGUUUCCGGUGUGAUGUUGAGCUGUUUGGUCCAUUCAAGUGUUCUUAAAGUGGGGCUUAUGAGUGUGCUGUGUAGUGUGGUCCACUAUGUAGGGAGAGAAGAGGUCAUGUUGUCUACCCUGGACAAGGCGGUACUGAUCACAGGUUGUGACUCGGGUUUUGGUCAUGAUCUGGCCAGGUUUUUGGACGGGGCAGGGAUGAGGGUGUUUGCAGGGGUUCUGAAUGAACUCAGUCCUGGAGCUUUGAAGCUAAAGAAAGCUGCAUCUCCAAACCUUACCAUCCUACAGUUAGACAUCACCAACAGCAGCCAGAUCACACAGGCAUAUCAGGACAUCAAGAGCCAAACAGGAAAAGCAGGACUCUGGGCACUAGUGAACAACGCAGGAGUGCUGGGAUACGUGUGCGAUGGAGAAAUUCAGCCUAUUAAAAUGUAUAAAAGACACGUAGAUGUGAAUUUUAUUGGUAGUGUGGAGAUAACGCAAGUCUUUCUGCCACUGAUACGACAAUCAAAAGGAAGAAUAAUCAGCAUAUCCAGUUUGGCAGGCGAAGUUCCACUUCCUGGGUUUGCAGGCUACGGGGCGUCUAAGGCAGCGAUGAUCGUGUACAAUGGAGCGAUUAGACAAGAACUCUACCGCUGGGGAGUCAGAGUCAUCAUCAUUCAACCUGGAGCUUUCAAAACAAAUAUUUUCGGCAGCAGGGAGCAGUGGAAUAGUGUUCAGGAGGACAUCCUCAGUGGUUUGUCUCAGGAAGUGAUGACGUCUUACGGAGAAGAAUACAUCCGCUCAAUGCAGCAGCGGCUGGCCAACAUGUCUUCAGCAUCAAGAUCCGACACAGGCCCGUUUCUGGAGGAUUUGAAGCAUGCAAUACUGUCCCCGAGACCAAAACACUUCUAUUACCCAGGGGCCGCAGCGUGGGCUCUUCCCUUACUCUACAGACACUGUCCCACCUCACUGUCCGACAGGAUCCUCUCCCCAAUCUUUAUGACUGGUGAUGCCCAGCCAGCACAGCUUGGGGGUUCUUGAACUGUGAUUCUGUUUGGUGAUACAAGUGAAUUUCCCACUUCACAUUUACAUACAGUACCUUAUGGUAAGGUAAGGACUUAGGCAAGCAAAUAGGGGUGUAACAAUAUAUCGCAAUACAACAAUAUGUAUCGUGGAUAGUGAUAAUAUGUACUGGUGAUAGUUCACCCAAAA